AUGAAUACUGCGUUUAGUGAACAGAUACUUGCAGACAAGCUCUCAAAGCUUAACAGCACUCAGCAGUGCAUUGAAACAUUGUCGCACUGGUGCAUUUUUCAUCGCAGUAAUUCAGAGCUGGUUGUUGCAACAUGGGACAAACAAUUCCAUGGAUCAGAGAUGGCUAAGAAAGUACCUCUUUUGUACCUUGCAAAUGAUAUUCUGCAGAACAGCAAGCGCAAUGGAAAUGAAUUUGUCGUUGAGUUUUGGAAGGUUCUUCCUGCAGCACUCAAGGAAGUUGUGAAGAAAGGCAAUGACCGUGAGAAGAAUGUGGUAUCCAGAUUGGUGAAGAUUUGGGAAGAAAGGAGAGUUUUUGGAUCCCGCAAUCAAAUCCUUCGAGAUGUUAUGCUUGGAGAAGAAUUGCCUCCACCUUUGGAAUUUGGGAAAAAACGUUCCCGUUCUGUGAGAAUAGUUAAAAGGGACUCACGAUUUAUAAAAACGAAAUUGAGUAUUGGAGGAACAGCAGAAAAAAUAGUUUCAGCUUUCCACUUGGUGCUCAGUGAACAUACUACUGAAGAUGAAGAAAUGAAUAAAUGCAAGUCUGCAGUUAAUCGUGUGAAGAAACUGGAAAAGGACUUCCGCAUGGUCUUAACAAAAGCUAAGGAUUCAUCAUGGAACACCUUAGCUAAAAAAAUUGAGGAGGAGGAGAAUCUUUUGAAUCAGAGCAUUGAGAAACUUAAAGUUGUUGAAGCAAAUAGAUUGGCCCUUGUAUCUCAGUUACAGGAUGCGCUUCAUGAGCAGGAAUCCGAACUGGAGAAUGUUCGGACACAGAUGCAGGUAGCACAGGCACUGGUGGAAGAAGGUGCAAAAAUGCGGAACCAUGUGGAUGGAGACCAUGUAGAAGAUGCAAAACCAUCAACUGUAUCAUCAGAUGCCAAUACAAAACCAGCAGCGCAAACGAUGAGAAAAUCUGCUGCAUCUAUUGCUGCUGAGGUUGCAGAUAAGCUUGCAGCUUCAAGCUCCUCUCAGUAUAUUAUGACAUCUGUCCUCUGCACAUUUGCAGCCGAAGAAGCCAAAAAUGCUGGGCUGUUGAAGUCUUCUACAUCAUCUGCUUCUUUCUCAUCCAGGGUCAGUAGUCCAAUACUGAAACCUGAAAACCAUCUGCCUGUUUCAGAUCCAAAUGUUUUCAUGCCAGCACCACAACCUAAUUAUCCCCAAAAUAACACUUAUCAGUCCCUGAUGGUGACUCCGCCCACAAUACAAGGUCAAAUUUCAAAUUCUAAGGUUCAGUGUCAUUCCAUCCCUAAUCCACCACAGCAAUAUUUGCAGCCAUCAGGUGUCAUGGUGGGUUCAUAUGAUUAUGGUAGUCUUCCUCUGCCACCUGGGCCACCACCUCCUGCACCUCCACCCUAUAUGAUGAACCCAAUGGUGCCUUUGGUCCAGCAACCACUGCAGAUUCUUCAGCAGCAACCACUUGCAAUGGGCCAACAGCCACCCACAUUCUCCCAGCAGCAGCCAGGCCCAUUACCUCAGCAACCACCUUCAGCUCCUAACUUUAGUCUUCUACCUCCCAUGCAGGCUCCUGGGAUGGUGUACAAUGGUCCCCCUUAUCAAUCACAGUGA